CACCAGUCAAAUCAGCUGCACUAGGCGUUAGGAGAAAUAUGGGGGAAAAAAAAGGAAAAAGAAGCAUUGCAGAGAUAGUCGCAGGAUUUGCGACUACACAGUCGGUCAAACAGCCCCGACCGCGCAAUGACCGUGCGGAGCAGGGCUGAAGGUACGAAUACGAUGACAGCGACAGCGACAGCGACAGCGAUGUGGAUGAUCGUGGACUUUAAAGUCUUUAAAGUCUCCCAGCUGCUCCUGAAGAUUCAGUUUGAUUGUCAACACUCACAAGUGAACAAGUGACACUGGCAGUGACACCGGCAUCAACCGCCCUAAACAACCAUGAGCGUCACUGAUAGCGACACGGAUAGUACCGUCUCCAGCCAAUCCAGCAGGCCUACCACAGCGAAGACCAAAUCGCCAUCCCAACAGGUCUUCCCCUUCGCGCACCCACCGCCCAAAUCGACCUCGUGCUUCCGCUUCACCUCGCGCCUCCUGCUCCAGAUCCAACAGCUCCUCUCCGCCUCGCGCGCGCUUCCCAUCCUCGAGAUCUACCGCCCCUCCAGCCUCGGCAAGUCGAUCCCCGGCUGUCCCAGCAAAUUACACAGCCAGGACCUGUACGUCGUCCAAAGCGACGCCUACCAGAAUCUGCCUGCAUCAUGCAGCCAAAGUCCCAGCACCGACAGCCCGGUAGUAGGAGUGAUAUACACCAACUACUGCAGCAGCAGCAAAACCACUAGCGCCGCGACUAGCAGUAGCAGCUCCACCGACCACAAACCCGCGUCCUCCUCCUCAUCAUCAUCAACAUCACCAACAACAAAAUCACCCCCCAACAACAACAACAGCAACAACAACAACAACAACAACGCAAUCUACCUCCCCCAACUCCAACUCACCCUCCUCGCCUCCCGCACCUCCCGCGGAGGCUACAUCUUCCAAGUCCUCCCCUCAUCAUCCUCCUCGCCGAACCCCCCCCAAAAACUCACCCUCGAACUCGCCAAGAAAAAACCCAAACACAAAACCCCCCCGCCAAGAUCAUCGGCAGCCACGCGGACCCAUCGGUCUUCGGCGUCCACCACCCCCGACGACGACGACAACGACGACGAAGAAUGCGACAACGUUGAGCCCAAAAACCACGACCCGGCAAGUUUCCUCCUCGGCAUUCGGGGCAGCACCACUAGUACCACAAGUGCUGGCCCCGUCGAUCCAAACCCCGGCGAUCAACGGCGCAGCCCCCGGCGGCCCUGGCUGGCCGGGCUCUCGCACAAGGGGAUCAAGGUCCUGCGCGGGGAGCAGCAGGACCAGCUGCGGCGGCGGGUGCUGGCCGCCGUCGGGGUGGGCGAGGAGCGCGUCGAUGUGCUCUACACGAUUACCUUGCUGGUGGGGAUCUAUGCGGCGAGGAUGGAGGGGUGGGUUUGAUUUGUUUUUUCAUGUCUCUUUUCGUUACUGUAGUCUCCUUAAAUUGUUUGGAUGUCCGGGGUUUAUUCUUUAAACUUUAGCUUGGAGUUUUUAGGUGUUCGUGUUGUUGGUGUUUGGUGAUCGUCGGUGUUUGUAUUUUGGGGAAAGUCAGAGGGCCAGCUGGGCCAGGCCAGGUGUCCGGGUUCAGGGUUCAGGGUCACGGUCAGGGACUCUUGCUUUGUACGGUACGUCGAUGAUAUCCAAAUCGAGUCAAUGUUGG